AUGCUCACGCUAUUGGUAUGGCUGUUUCUGUUCACAGGCAUUGUCAACGCCUUCCCACAGCCGGUUCGACGAGCGACUCCCUACGGCAUAUCGAAAUGGAGGAGCGGUGGAGAUGCUCACGGAGAUGAAAUGCUCGAAAUUACCAUUGCAUUGAAGCUGAAUAAUCUUGAUGACAGUGAAGCAUUUUUGAUGGCAGUCUCUGAUCCGAAUUCGUCACUGUACGGUCAACAUUGGUCGUGGCAGCGAGUCUCUGAGCAUCUCGCACCUUCUCCAGAGGCAACACAUCAGGUCGUAUCAUGGCUGGAAAGCUCAGGCAUUGAUCGGACGAGAAUAUUCCGCGCCCGAGACAACACAACGCUGCAUGUCCGCAUGAAUGUCACGAAUGCGAGUGAGCUACUACAGGCGGAAUUUUCUCGUAUGAGCAACCGCAGAACCGGGCAGGAGAAUAUCGCUUGCACUUCAUAUAUCAUCCCUGAGCACCUCGAAAAGCAUGUCGACCUCAUCGUUGCAGAGAAGCGGCUGAGCUUUGGUGGAUUGGAAGAUGCGCGAAAACGUAGACAGCGCAGACAGGUCUCAACAACGACGGCCAAAAAUUCCACCGCGACUGCGAUCGUCAAUUGUGACCGUUACACAGCACCAGAAUGUCUGCGGCAGCUUUAUCACAUACCAUCAAGGCUCCCUUCGACGCCACAUCCAAAGAACACAUUCGGCAUCUAUCAACCAGCAUGGUCGACAUGGCUGCCGGAAGACCUUGAUCUCUUCUUCCAGCUUUUCUCCCCGUCAGAUGUGGGACGAAGACCUGAGAUGCUGCGGAUCAAUGGCGGCUACACUCAGACAGAGUACAAACUUCCACCUUUCAAUCUGGAACCAAACCUUGACUUCGAAUAUGUCAUGUCACUCGUGUCUCCGAUGCCAGUCAUCGACAUUCAAGUUGGGGAUCGAUAUGCUGGUGGGAAUUGGAACAAUAUGCUCGCCGCUUUCGACGAAACUUACUGUGAUGCGGUGAACGGGAGCAUAGAUCCUUUACCUUUGGUCCCCGAUGAUAGACCAGGUGCUUACAACCGGAGUGCAGAUUGCGGUACUGUCGCACCUCCGAAAGUCAUUUCCAUCUCUUUCGCCGACGUCGAGGAUGACUUUCCUGUGGAGUACUUGAGGCGGCAAUGCCACGAAUUCUUGAAGCUAGGCUUGAUGGGCACGACUGUUAUUGCAGCGAGUGGCGAUUUUGGUGCCGCAAGUGGACUGGAGCCCGGCACUUGCAUCAAUGCUACUACCGGCGUGUCGAACGCUACAAAGGGCGCUUUCAGUCCCACGUGGCCAGGCGGUUGUCCAUGGGUCACGAUCGUAGGUGGAACUCAGUUGGCUGCACAUGAUGACUCUCCUCAGACCUUACCGAUCUGCGCUGAGACGAAUGAAACUGCAUUCCACACCGCCUUAAGCGGAAACCGUACCCUGUCCUCCGCAGGUGGCUUCAGCAACGUUUUCCCAGCACCCGCAUAUCAGCAUUCAGCAGUCUCUCAGUAUCGAAAGGAGCAAGCCCAACAUCUAAACAACCUCGAACAGCAAGGUUUCGACCCCGACGACGAUGGCCGUGGCUUCCCAGAUCUCGCAAUGAUGGCCUAUGGCUAUCUGAUGGCGAUGUACAACGACACGCAAAUCGUUCAUGGCACAUCUGCGUCUGCUCCAGUCUUUGCUUCCAUGAUCGCCAUGAUCAAUAAUGGGCGUCUUCAUGCUGGCAAGUCUACGGUUGGGUUCUUGAAUCCGGCUUUGUAUGCUGCUCCGAAAAUCUUUAAUGAGAUCAAGAUUGGGAAUAACUCGGGCUGUGGUGCGAGUCCUGCGUAUCGCGCGGCGAAUGGCUGGGAUCCUGUUACCGGGUUGGGAAGCGUGGAUUAUGUGCGGCUGAGGGACGUUUUGAUGGCGAUGCCUUGA